GGCGGUGGAAAAGGUACCUGCCAGCCCCCCGGUGCCGGUCCCCCCCAUCUCGCCCCCGGCCGGCCCUGAACCACCCGACGAGCCGCCGCAGGAGCUGGCUGUUCUGGAGGACUAUGCAGAUCCCUUUGAUGCAGCACAGGUGGCAGGUAGCCAGGCAGGGCUGGAGAAGGUGAUGGAGAAUGACGGAUAUAUGGAGCCAUAUGAAGCCCAGAAGAUGAUGGCUGAAAUCCGCCAGAAGGGCUUACGGGAGGCUCCCGCCCGGCCACUGCACCUCUACGACACUCCUUAUGAGCCUGUACUGGACAUGGACAGUGACUGCCCAACUUGCCCCAGGCCCAGGGAGUCCCGGCUGCCUGAGGAUGAUGAGCGGCCACCGGAGGAAUAUGACCAGCCCUGGGAAUGGAAGAAGGAGCGGAUCUCCAAAGCCUUUGCAGUUGAAAUCAAGGUCAUUAAAGACCUGCCAUGGCCCCCGCCGGUGGGACAGCUGGACAGCAGUGAAAGCCCCCUGGAUGGGGAGGCUGGUGCCCCCGUCCCUCUGCAGCACAGCCAGCACAGCUACGAAGACGCCAAUGGUCCAUCAGAGGGGCUGGGGUAUGGCCGCACCUCGCCCUGCAGGGAGGAGAAGGCCAGGGCUGUCCUCAGGCAUGGCUCCAGCAGUCUCAAGAGCACAAAGACACUGACCACUGAGCCUGGCCCCUUUGUUGGGGAGAGGAUUGACCCUGCCCUGCCCCUGGAGAGUCAGUGCUGGUACCACGGGGCCAUCAGUCGGACAGAUGCAGAGACGCUACUGAGGCUGUGCAAGGAGGCCAGUUACCUGGUGCGCAACAGCGAGACCAGCAAGAAUGACUUCUCCCUCUCCUUGAAGAGCAGCCAGGGCUUCAUGCACAUGAAACUGUCCCGGACACAGGAGAACAAGUACGUGCUGGGACAGCACAGCCCGCCCUUUGACAGCGUGCCAGAGAUCAUCCAUCACUACGCCAGCCGCAAGCUGCCCAUCAAGGGGGCUGAGCACAUGUCCUUGCUUUACCCGGUGGCUAUCCGAACCCUAUAGUAAUCACCCCCACGAGCCAGGCUCAAGGCUGGGUGCACCCAAAACUGGCCACAGGGCUGAGCGUUGCCAUGCCAAGGAUGGGCUCCAGACCAUCAGCCCACGAGCAGUUUGCUGGGCACAGCUGCUGCUGUUGGGGGUUGCUGCAGCCGGGCCCCUUGUCCUGCUCUCUCAGGGGCUCCCAUGCACUGGUUUGCGUGCUGGCAUGCUGGAAGGAUCCCCUGUGCGAGGAGCUGAGUGGGGCUUGCCGGCUGUCCACAUCUCCACACCUGCCUCCUUGGCAGAGCUUGGGAUGCCAGGACUGGAGCUGGGACCUUGGAGAGUCCAGGGAGGGGGGCACUGUAUGCAAGUACGGGGAUAAAAUCAUCUGGUAGCAGGCUUGAGGUACCUCCAUGAGGGUGCCUAGCUCUACCCAUGAGAGACUAAAUGGCUGUGCCUGCAGGUAAGGAGGCUGGCAGGGGUGAGCAGGACCUGCCUGGGGCCAGCAAGGCAUGCAGAGUGUGAGGCAAGGCUGCCCAUACUUGCACUGGUGCUCAGUACUCACUGCCAUCCUUUGCCAAACGUAAAUAGUGACCAGCCUUGGCUGUCUGUGCAGCACCACUGCCUAAUAAAGCGGUGCACUGUUGUCUCCUGCUUCAUGGGACUGUGUGCCCACAUUCCACUACGAGUGGGGGAUCAGUGUAGCAAAGCAGUGGAAAGGAAAAUUUUGUUACACAAAAGCUUUAAAGGAAUUGAUUUUCCCUUUGCCCUUGCAUACACUGAGAUUGGUGUGCCCAUCCAGCCAGUGCACUCCUCUGAGUCACAGGGGACAAAGGAUGGUAGUGGUCAUGUCCUGGCCAUGUCUUUGAGACCCUUUGUGGGCAGUGAUGAGCUGAUUUUUGGACUUGCCUGUUACUCCCUGUAGAAGAGGGUGCUCUUUUGGGAUCCUUGUUUUCCUUCACCUCUCAUAAAUCUUAGGUAAAGUCCCUGAAUUUCACAGAGCUCCUGAUCUCCUCUGAGAAUUUACUGGCUCCAGUCCUAUUGUUUGUCUUCUUGACAUCUUGUCUUUGGGUCAGCUUGCUCUUUUUUUUGGCUGAACCUCUCUCUGGUGCUGUGUACUUUUUCAUACAUACUGUGUGUUUUAAUCUUGUUCCUGGUGUUGCUCCUAUACCCAUGCACAUUUCCUCUAUCCAUGCUUCAGCCUAAGCUCCAUCCUGCUGUUACUCCCCAGCAGCACAUUACCUUUGCCCUCUGCUCUCUGGGUGGGGAUGACAGCAGCAAAUUCACUGCUGGACCAGCAAAACCUUUUCUGUUAGUGGAACAAAGCCCUCGGGCAUCGGUGAGAUGAGUUAGCAGUAGCUUGAUGAAGGAUUUGUGAAAAAGCAUCAUCCUUCCGCCUGCUCCCCAGAAGAAGCUGUCCCUGCUGGUUGCUGAGGGGGCACUUUGUGUGGGUGAGUGCUGCAUCCACUGCAGGAACCCUGCUCUGCUAUCGGGGCUUUGGGGCUUUUCAUACUCGAUCUUAGCUGAGAGCUGGCUGUCCUGGCUGCCCUGCACAGUCUUGAGCUGCUGUGGGGCCCACGGGGCAUGGCCAGUGUGGUCUGUGAAUGCACCCCGCGACUGGGAGCCUGCAGAAGUGUGGUGGGUUGUUCAAGGAUGCCUCAGCCUCUGCCACUCCUUAAAAGGCAGGGGAUUGAGCUGGACGGUGUCUCCUUACUGCCCACUUGGCUGCUGGCAGCUCUGGCUGCCUCUCUCCAUCCCAGGGAGGCACUUAGUCCUGUGGGGAUCGAGGUGACUCAAGUGAGAGGGCUUUUCUCCCAGAGCACGCAGGAAGGGCUGGAGAUGCAGAAAUCUGCAGUGAUGCUGCUGGGUGCCCUUUCUGCACUUUGAAGGUUUCAAGUGCCACUUAGCAGCCCUGCUGUGUCCUGAUGGCUCCAAUGAAGAGCUCAUCGUGGGGGGAUCCUCUGCCUUCUUGGAAGCUGUAGGUGGGAAAGAAGAGGUUUCUUGUGUCCAUGCAGCUCCCCACAUAGUGUGGGGCUGUUUUCUUGAGCUGUGGCAGGGAGCAAACUACCUGGGAGCCAGUGCUGGCUGUGCAGCCUUAUGGUGAAAUCCUGCUCAAGCAGCCUGGCUCCAUCUCAGGAGUAUCCCUGCUGAGCACAGGGAUGAGAGGGAUGAGACCUGUGUGCAUUGCACCAGCUCCCUAGAACCAGUCAUGGACCAGCAGGACUGCCCUGCAGCUGGGCUGUGGGUCCAAGUGCUUCAGCAAAGUAGCUCUUGAUCACUGCUGUGGGAAUUACAUCCCUCCUGAGCCCUUUUUUCUCUAGGCUAAAGAAGUGAAACUCCCUUGUUCUGCCCCUGAUCAUCCUCAGCAGGACUCUCUGACUCUCUUCCUCUCCAUGUACGUGGAAACAGUAUCCAGGUGCCGUCUCACCAAUGCUAGAUCAAGGGAAAUAACCCGUUCCUUUGUCCUGACCACCAAAAAUACAUGACUCCAGUUCUAGCAGUUUAGUGGUGGGAGGUGAACAGCAGCUCCCCAGAAAAUUUGGACUGAAUUUCUCUUGAAAGGGUAUUUUAGUGCUGCCUUUGCCAUCCUGUGACUGAAGUGAGCAUUGUUUGGGAAUGGGGUUGGUGAGGACAGGCAUCCAAUAGGGCUAGAGAAGUGACAGGGAUCUCCAUUCAUAAGGAUGCUAAUCCCCGGGAGGGACAAGAGCGUGAACAAUCUUCUAUGGCUUUAAGGUUAACCCUGUUUGGAGCAUAACGUUAGACCAAA